AUGAGGGGGACCCUGGCAGUGACCACCAGCCCGUCCAGGUCACACCCAGGUCACACGCAGCAGGAUGAACUGCCCCUCAUUUGCAUCUAAGGCUCGGGCUUCAGCAAGGUGGGCUUCUCAGGAAAGGAAGCCCCCCUGGCCAUGUUCCCCACUGUGCUUGGGAUCCCGGCUGCCCUGGCCCACCGCGUCACUGUGCCCCUGCACCAGGCCGCCAAGAAUCUGUUGGUGGGAACGGAUGAGGAAGACUGGUUCAUAGGAGAUAAAGUUCAGAGAAAACGGGGCACAUUCAACCUGCAGUACCCCAUCUCUUGGGCAGCUAUCGCUAACUGGGACAACAUGGAAAAGGUUUGGCAUCACUCCUUCUAUGCGGUGCUCUGUGUCGCCCUGGAGCGGCAUCCUCUGAUGGUGACCGAGCCACCUGUGUCUCGAGGUCCAACAGAGAGAGAGAGCGUCGCAGGUAAGAGAGCAGGCGCUGGGCUGGGGUCGGGGAACAGGCCCCAGGGUGGGCAGCUCCGGCCUCCUCCCAAGCCUUGCGCCUCGGGGACCCCUUGGGGUACCAUCUCUUUGUUCAAUGAGACAAACACCAGCGAGAGCUGCCCCCUGUGGCGGGGCGGUGACUCAGGGGGCAGGCCUGGCAACUCACUGCAUCACCAGCACAUGGAGGAGCCUGCCGGCGUGGCCCCGGAGCACAGCACCGUCGAUCACAGCGCAGGUGUGAGCUGCCGCCUCAGCUCUCACCGACAGCCACCCCCAGUCACACCUAGUCACCCUCUGGUGCACCCCACGGCCUUGCCCAGCAGCCUUCUCUGUGUGGAGCCGUACCUGGCAGCGGACAUUUGGUGGGUUGAUGAUGACAAUGAAGAUGAUGGUGGUGGUAGUGGUGAUGGUGGUGAUGGUGGUGUUGGUGGUGACGAUGAUGAUGACGGUAGUGGUGAUGGUGGCGGCAGCGGUGACGGUGAUGUAGUGCUAAUGGUGCUGAUGGCGGCGGCAGUGGUGGUGGUGGCGGUGAUGGUGUUCGUGGUGGUGAUGCCCAGCCUAGAUGAAGCAGAAGGGGCAGCUCCUUUAUGCUGCCUCGGCCCUGCUACAAGGAGCUGCACCUUCAGACAGAUGCUCGGUAGGGAAGGAAAUGCUUCUGUGAGCUCAGGUCACACCCAAGCCCUCUUCUGUCUGGCCCUUCUCCUUUCUCCCACGGCUGACCGGGGGUGCCUCCGGCACGUGAAAGAGAAAUGCUGCUCUGUGGCUGUGGAUUUGAACAAGGAGAAAGAGGACGCUGACUCGCCUUCCUAUGCCCAGAAAUAUCGGCUUUCUGAUGGCCAGGAGAUCCACCCUGGGCAGGAGAGAUUCCUCCGCCCUGAAGGGCUUUUCCAGACAGGCCUGAUCGGUGAGCCCUGGGAAGGGGACAGAGCUGAGGAGAACUCCUGGGUGGGGAAGCUCUCCAGAGCAUUGGCCCUCCGGGAGAGUCUCUUCGGCCACAUUGUGGCGGGUACUGGUUCCUGUUCCGGCUUGCAGUUCCGGAUGCAGAAAGAAAUAUCUGCCCUGGUUUCCCCUACAAUUAAUGUGAAGGUGUCCACCAGUCCCUGUGCCACGUACGGUGCCUGGGUGGGUGGCUCCAUCCUGUGCUCACUCUCUACCUUCAAGGACAUGUGGGUCACCAGCCAAGAGUGUAAGGACUUCGGUUCCUCCAUCGUCAGUAGGAGAAAUUUGACUUGUGGCUUCCUGGACGCCAUCACCUCCGUUGCCUGUCCCUUCAGUGGCGAUUCGAGACUGAGCCUCAGAGCUCAGAACCAGUUCAAACUUGAGGGUGGCCCUUCCCACCCAGACUUCAAUAAAAAAGGGUCAAUAAAGAACAGGCGCUCUUCGCCUGGACAAGGCUUGCGGCAUCCUGGGAUGUGCCCCCAGGGCACUUACUACAUUAAUGCAGGGUAAGGAAGGCAGGGAAUUUCUGGUGACCUCUGUGUACCAGCCAGCAUGGCUAAGCUUUGCUGCAGUAACAAACAUCCCCAGAAUCUCAGUCCCAUGAAACAAGAGUCUAUUUCUCACUUGUGCUGAGUGUCCACUGGAGGUCAGUGGGGGCCCUCUCCUGUGUCACCCUCACUGCGGAAGCCAGCUGACGGAGCAGACAGCAUCUGGAACAUCGGCACUCAUUGUAGAUGAGCAUAAAAGUGCCUCAGUGGGCCUUUCAUUGGCACUGGAACACUCCAGCCCAAAAGGGACCCCCAGGACGUCCACCCACAGUUAUUGCCCAGAGCAAGUCCCAUGGUCCCAGAUCACCGCAGCGGGCCAGGGGAUGCCAUCCUGCCAGAGACCUGACACCCCACCGGGGGAGAGCAGUGCCAAGGCUCUGGUUCUGUGAGGGCACAGUUAAGACGGUGUUCAGAGAGCACAACGCAAGGGUGAGUCGCGACCUUCAACAAAUGUGAUCCUCAUGCUGUCACCGUGCGAUUCCUUUUACAGAAGCUAGCUUCGUAAUGCAGACACUGAAGCUGAGAGAGGCUAAUGAGCGUGACCGAGGCGAUGUAGACAGUGGCAGGGGGGUGAUCCCCAGGUAAUACCCCAUAGAGUGCCGGAGGCUGUGUGCAGAGGGAGCCAGGCAAGAAGGUCGCCCCAGACGGGGGAGGGCGGCAGUGAUGGGGCUUGACAGGAUGAUUUGAGGUUCAUCUGGAAGGGAAGAUGCACAAAGUAUCAAGAAACCACCCCAGCGAGCUCCUCCUGGAGGUGCCCGGGGGGCAGCCCCCUUUCCUGGCAGCCAGCAGCACAGCCAGGUCACCACCCAGCCACACCCCUUCCCAGAUGGCCCUCAGAGAGCCACUUUCCAGCGUGGCCCAAGGUCAUUGUCCCUGCAGGUCAAGGACUUUAAAAUCUGGGUACAGCGUGUCUGGACGGGAGCCACACCUUUUUGCUCAGCACUUUCUCCCUUCUGGAAAUGCCUUUGGGAUUGGUUUGGAUGAGGCUUGUGCCCACACUCCCCGCCAGCUGUGGGCAUGUGACCAAAGCCUGGCUGAAAAGCCCCAGGGGAGGAUCCGCGGGCCAGGCCGGCGAGACUCGGUUCCAGGACGUUGCUGUUGGGCAGCAGCUUGUUCCGGGAAGGAGGUAACCGCUCAGACAAGAGUCCUGAGCUGCUGGCAGUAAUCCAGGGGACCGGAGCCUGCUCGAGAAUGAAGCCCUCCCAGAAGAACUCAGGCGUGGGGAAGGGGGCAGAGGGGAAGAGAGAGCAACUGAGACGCCUCACAGCCCAGACUGAGCCAACCAAGCCUGAGCUUCUCCUGUGGACUCGCGAGCUGAGAGGCCACUAAGUCCCACUUUUACUUAAUCUAGUUUGUAUUUGAAGGUGAUUCUUUAAAGCCAAGUCUGGGACACCAUCCCAGGGCUUGUGGCAGGGUAUUUCCCCUUCUCCUCUGUCAGGGCCUUUGAGCCCUAGUUUUGCCCUUGGAUUUAGCUUCGCAUGUUCUUUUCCAGACACGGGGCUUUCAAACAGGCACCCUCCUGGGGGACUGUGUUCUCUCCUUCGCCCAGAAAGCCUCACUCUAUUCGGGG